AUUUAUUAUAUUUUAAAAUUAUGCGAUACGGAAAACGUACGGAGAUCAAAUACAUACAAAUUUAAAUACAGCGAGAUUGAUUCGACGUCUUCUCGCUUGUUCUAUUGAACCCUAGGCCUUUUUCGUUUUCGGCUAAGGUUUAACCGGAUGUUACCAUUGACGGCAAACAACAAAGAACGACGCUUCCGUUAGAAGCCUAACUUGAUGUAUAGAUGAAUUUGUGCCAUUUACCGUUCCAUACCAUUCCACACAAUAAAAGGUGCGUGGAUACGUAGCUGUGUCAUUGGAAAGUCACGGGAUUACUGUUUCUAAACUUCUGCAAAUCUAUCGCCGUUAUGGAGCUAUUAAUUCUACGAGAAUAUCCAGAGUAUCCUCAGAAACGAGUCGGCAGAGUGACGCGUAAGUCGAACUCCUAGGAAACGGUUCGCAUUAGAUCAAGCCUCUUAGAAGAUCAGCUUCUCGGUCACGUCUUUAAUAUCAAUUAUUAACUCUACGAAUCCGAUGAUUUCGCGUUGGAACGGAAAGGAAGACAUAAGCGAACAAACGUAAGCCGUGCUCAUCGAUUUCGACUUGAAAAACAAAAACGGAAUAAUUGGUUGUAAUGUACAAUGGGUUCGACGAGACAAGAUAGAUCCCUCAGCAGCGGGAUAUCUUUGCCACAAUGGAUGAGAGGACGAACCGAGAGUAGAUUCGAUUUCGAUGAGAAUACGUUCAGUCCACCGUCUCACGACGAUAGCUUCUUUUACCUACGAUACCCAAAGACCCAACAGAACCGACUGCCAGCCUCGCAGGAGGCCAAUUAUCGGCCGAUCGACGAGGUUUUAAGUGGGCAGAGUCAUAGCUCUUCGUCCUCGAGUGACGGAAAACCAGUGGACUCGCCGCAGCAGAUUUUCCAGGAGCAAAAAAAGAAUCAAGAGAUUGAUUUCAGUAAACACCCGUUACCCUGUCAACCGUUUGUACCGGCAACUCCGACGAGCAAAGAGAGUGAAAUUAAACAACCUAGGUCGAAAGCAUCGCUAGUGGAGAACGUGAAAGCGGUGAAAUCGCAAGGUGUGGACGAUGGGUUUCAUGGGGAGCCAGCGCUUUGUGGAAAGUCGAUCGUCCUCGUAGCUAGCCAGAUAAUGUCUAACAAAUUUCACGAAACCUUCUCGGCCGAACAGGCUAGUGGCCAACUGAGAAGGGGAAGCAAAUCGUUACCGGCGACUCCGCUCGCCUCGCCGGCAGGAAGCCCUACGAGCUCGCCGAAAGCUCGUCGUCGCCUUCCUCCGAAUCGAUACUUUACUGGAACGUUCCUCCCUGAUCGCGAAAAGUAUCAAGGAGGCUGGAUACUAGCGAACAUCUUUGGACAAUCCAGGGAGAUCGUUACUGCGAAAAUUGACGAAGAGGACGAGACGGAUAUGUCCGCUGCUCCUCCUCACAGAGCGCUGACUCGAAAGAAGUCUAUCUCGUCGCAAAAUCUCACAUACGUAGGAAGCGAUGACAAAGCCGUGGACAAAUCGUCCCUCUAUUCCAAUGUGUUUCAAGCGAAACCCUCGGAACUGAGAGAAAUGAAUUUCUGGUCACCGACAUCGAUGUAAACCGAUGCUAAUAGUACCUGUCCCCUUCUCUCGCACGCGCACUAUUAUCCGUUUACCUUUGAUUUUAAGUUAAUUAAUUAACUUUUAAGUAAGAUAUUCUUUUCGGAAAACGCAAAGUAGAAACAUGUAAACGCAUGUCGCCUGCUCGCCGUGUCGAUCAAUGCCAGUGAGCAGAUAGAUCAACAAUAAGAAAAAAGAUGACGCACCUUUUCGCAUUAUCCUUCUACGAAUAUUUCUCUAUGCAGCUAUCAUUAUUAAUAUCAUUCAUUACGAAUGAGUCUGCUACACGUUUAUUUGUUUAUUUGUUCUUUUAGUUAGCGUUGUCGUCAACCGAAAUAUUCGAUUGUCUUUAGAAAAUGCAGGUCUCAUUAUAAUUAACGAGUAUUCUACAUACCGUUACCAAUAGGGACAAAAUAUAGACGUCUCUGUACCAGGAACAAUUGUUCCGAUGAUUCUUUUUUGGUAAAACUGAUGUAAGAAACAAAAACUAUAAAUUAUGUUAAAAUGUCACUUUGUUCUGCGAUGAUUUCGAAUAAAAUACGAUUCAAUUUUAA